UUCAUCAUUUUUUUCAUUUCUUCAUGUAUAAUAUUCCAAAAUUUUGCUAUCUCCUCGCAUUUCCACCAUAUGUGAAUAAAAGUUCCCGGUUCUUUACUGCAUCUCCAACACAAAUUGGAUUUGAUUUUAUAAAACUUCGCUAGUUUCACAGGUGUUAAAUACCAUCUAUAGUAAAUUUUCAAAAAAAAUUCUUUUAGAUUGUUAGCAGCUGUAAAUUUAAUGUCCUGACCCCACAAUUUAUCCCAUUGUUCGAUAGUAAUUGUGUGGCCAAGAUCUUUUGACCAUUUUAUCAUUGCCUCUUUCGUACUCUCUUCCAUAAGAUCCCAAUUCAAGAGUAAGCUAUAUGUUUUGGAUAAUACUUUCUUUUUAUUUUGGAUGACUUCUAUUUCAAAUUUAGUACUUUCUUUUGCAAAUCCUAAUUUUUUAUCUUUUUGGAAAACACUGGUUAACUGUAUAUAUGCACUGGGCGUUUGAGUUGGAAUUAUCAUUUUGCAAGGCAGCCAUAUGAUGAUGUCAUCCAUUCUUGUUCCUUCACAAUGCUUUUUUUUGUAUUUCUUUUCUUACUGCAGAAAACUGAAGGCCCCCCUCAAACUGUUGUUGUUGUUGCUGCUGUUGUUAGCAGGUGUAGUCUGCAACAUGCCAGUAAUACUACAUUAGUGGUGGACAACAAGUGACCCUCUGGAGGUUGUUGGUCUCCAGCUCCCAUCAGCCCCUGUCAGCAUGGCCAGUAAUCAAGUCUGAUGGGAGUUGGGAGUACAACAGCCUCUGGAGGGGCACAGGUUUCCUGUUCCUGUUCCUUCUUGGCAUUCACAUGAAUUAGAUGGCCUUCCUGUCUUCCUUGUCCUCAAGUAUCUAGUUUGUGGAGUUAUACUGUCCUUGCAGAGUCUAGUUUACCUAUCAUGGCUAAUGUAAUGACCUAUCCUCAGUGAUUUUGUCUGAUCCUUUUCCACAGCUGUAGAAGAUAAUGGUCAUCACCAUGUCUUGAGGUCAUGAAUUAAACAUUGGAAUUGCUUUGCUGGGUCAGAGAAAUGUCCAAAAUAAAAUGUUAAUGAAAGAGCCAAAGUUCGAAUCAGGGACGGUGAGGAAAGGAGGACAUCUGGUGUGGGGGGGCUUCAAUGUGACACCACAGCCAGGCCAACAAGACAGUCCAGACAGGAGUUGGAGUGCAUGAGGGCCACACCAUUAAGUACACCACAGCUGCUGGGUGAAACACAACACCUUGAAGCUUUAAAGGCAUAUCUCAUUGGGGAGGAUAUGGAGGAGAGGGAUGGCAGACAAGGAUGGAAGGAGAGCAAGGAAAGCGCAAGGACGGACUUCACUAAAGGAGGGGAGGAAGGGAAGAAAAGAAGGAUGUUGCCCUACCUCGGUGAUGUCUGAGGAACUAGGGUAGGAAGAGAAAAGGGGAAGAAAGAGGGAAGGGUCUAAGGCUGUUAGGCCCAGUGGUGAACCGGGAGAGGAGGAAGUAUAGAACAUGUGGAAACUGUAUCUUUACAAAUAGAGAUGCUUAGAUGUAGCAGGCAUCUCUGAAGAUAAGUGACCAUCUGGAGCUCCAAGGGUCCUUGUAACCUUAAGCAGGGCAUCCUUGAUAAACUGUACAAAACUACGCCAGCUGGAUGAUCUGCUUGCUUAUAUGGGGAGAAGGCAUUUUACUUAUGUGAUUUUUGAAGUGGGAUGUGUGCCCCUCCUUAAUUACACUACUGGCAGUUUUCCAACAUAGACCUUCUAGUUACUUAAGCCACCACCACAUGCCAGCCUUCACAGUUCCUGCUGAUAAAGUUAUUAAGUGAAUUCAGAUGCUAAUGGCUACCCUGGAGUACCACAGACUUCAAAAUACAAUGCCUUGUGCUGCAAGCAGCCUGGCACGCAAUGGCCCUCUUGCUGAUGAAAUUUCUCCAGCAGAAUGUUCUCAGAAAUGCCAUUCACAGGGGUAAUGAGUUGUGCCAAAGAGAGGUCAAACGCUUUAAACGCAUAUAUACUUUUCACAGUAGUUAACCAUCUGAACUUCACAGCCUCCCGCAUCCCCUCCCUGAAAAAUAAAAUAAAAUAAAAUGAGAGUUACGUUUUACCCUGAUGCCCCCUGGAGAGCUCGAGCUCAUUUUCUGAUAAGCAGCAUUGCAAGCUGGUGGUGUUUGCCUCGCUGCUGCUGCUUUUGGAAAGGUUAAAAAGAAGCAGCAAGCAACCAGCGUGCAUACAUUUCUUUGAAUAUCUGGCACUGCAAACUGCUCAAGCCACAGAAGUGCUUGGGGAAUAUUCAUGGGCUUUAUGGCAUAUCAUGAUUCAGAGUGUGUUAAAUUAGCUUGAACAAUUGAGGAGCUAUGAAACUAUCUCGAGUGGCAUCCAUGCAUUAUUCAUACGGAAGCUAAUGAGGGAAUUGAAGGGGAUAACUAGGCAAAAGGUAGCUUUAUUCUUUUGACUGGAGAGACCAUUUUGCUCUGGCUUAAUUCUGCAUCAGUUUGGAAACUCCUGGGAGUUUGCUGUUGUUUGUGGCAGGUGUCAUUUAGCCCACAGAUACUGUGCACUUUGAAAUCUUCCGUUCCACGGCAAAAGAUUUAAUGAAAUGUUGCAUAAACUAAUUGCAACACAAUGCCAGUAAUAGAAUUGCCCCUUGGGGUUGUUUGUUACAUAUGUAUUCCAUGCUUCCCUCCUGCUGCUUCUCCAAAGAGCUCUGCACCGUUCGUACAUAUUUAUUUGCCAUGUUUUAUGUACCUUCUUUCUGCUGAUGAGCUCGAGGCACUUCACAGUUAAAAUAAUGGAUUAUAAUUGAUGACAUAUGUGCUAUCCCAAGACACCGCCUCCUGUGAGUCAAGGCUCAAGGUAUAUAGUACCAAAGGCUGGCCAAGGUAUUUUGGCACCUAAGGCAGGAAACUCCACAAGUGCCCCCCUCUGGAAGCAAAAACACAGCAAUAAUUAAAUAAUGCAACAAUUUGCUACCCUUUCACGGCACCCCAAGCCAGCUGUCUGUAAACAGCAGCCUCACCCAACCAGUGACAGGGUGGGUCUCAAGGAGAAGAAGCAAAUUUGGUUGCCUUGGCUACAGAUGAUGUAUUAUUCUUAUUUUUUGUGUGGGGGCUGUUCUGUACCACAGUAUUAAUUUUAUUAUCACUGUCAAACUGUUAAUUACUGGAUUUUAUGUAUUUUAAUGAUCUGGUCUUUCACGUAGUGUAUCGGAAACCGCUUUGUAUUCAGUAUAUAACGAAAAGUGGUAUACAAAUAAACAAAGAAAUAUAGAAAUUAAAUUUCCAGGAGGGCAGGAGCCAAAUAGCAACAGGUCCUAGCCAGGCUAAUGGAGGAAGCCUUGUUGCCUAUAACCGUUCACCUUCGCUGCAACUGGGUGAAAUGGGUGCAGAUGGAGACAGUUGUGGAGGCCCAGAGCUAAAUGGUACUGGAUACUGAGCAGAUUGAUGCCUCACCCCCAGAUCAUCGACUUUGCCAACCUACCUCUUCCUUUGAUUCAGCUAGAUGAAAAGGCUGCUGAAGGAGGCGGUUUUGGUAAAGGAGGAAUCAAAUGCCUUUGGUCCCAGCUAGACUAAAUGAAUGGUUGCAGAGUGAGUUCCUAAGUAGUAUCCUGUCCCCAUCAAUACUACCUUCUGACCAGUGACAGCAAAGAGUUAAGUAGCAUGGAGAAGUGGCAGGAAGACAACAUUUGAUUUCCAAAUUCGAUCCCAUUCAGUGUACUGAAGAUGUCACCACAGACAUGCAGGACGAUCCUUGGAGCGUCUGAGAUGUUGCAUUCCGGUCAUGGUGACUCAUUCUAUUUUUAGCUCAAGUAUCUCUGUCCGUUCUCCAUAUUUAGUAACUUUGACCGCAGCACACCAGAGCAAACUCAGGGUCGUGCCUCUGACUUCCUUCCUCAUUCAGGUACUGUAUUUGGAAGGGUCCUUUCUCGUGUUUGAAGAUAUCUUCAAACUGAUUGCAUUCUACUGUGUCAGUAGAGAUUUGCUUCCCUCCACGCUAAAGCUGCCACAAGCGAUAUUGGAAGCCAAUAGUGUUACAGAUCUAGAAACCAUCUCUAGUCUGGAGAUAGGUUUCUGGGACUCCGCUUUAAAUCAAAGGCGGGGAGGGCAGUUCCCUCACUCUGUGAAAGGUCUUGCUUUUGCCACAGCUCAAGCGAAAAAGGAGGGGGAAACUACCCAGUGUUUUGCAAGCAGCACGGACAAUUGUUCAUGUGAAAUUGAGCUGUCAAUAGGAAAUGACAGGCUGUGGUUUGUAAAUCCUAUUUUUAUAGAGGAGAGAAGCAACCAGUUUCCCCCGGAUGUUCCUCUUCUUCAUCCUCCUCCACCACCACCACCACCUCCUCCUCCUCUAGAGACUUGCAGGAAAGAUCCUUCUUUUACUAGCAACACCGUGACAAGGCCUCCAAAGAGGUCUCCCAGCCGCCGCCCGCCGCCGCCACCUCCUGUGCCUCUUCAUGCUGUGAAGCAGCCUGAAAAGUCUCCCAUGACCACUUCUGAAGAGCUUCGGGAUCUGGAGAAGAACAAAAAGGAAAUGAAAACUGAAGUUAGCAAAAGCAAGGAAGAUGAUGGGCGGCCGUCUUUGUCUCUCACCGAUUCUUUUACCACAAAGAAACGCAUCCCUCCUUCCAUUCCGCCAAGGAGGUGCAUAUCCGAGAGAUAUUCUGGAAAGGGCUGCUUUGAAAAAUCUGAGAAAUGUUCAGCAGCAGGUGGAGAACUGGUGGAAAAACAGAGCAGUGGGAAUGAAGGUUGCAUUUCAUGCGCUGUUGACCCUCCAGAGGUGUUUGAAGAGGAUUUGGAGAAAGAUCCAGCAUCAUGUCAAGGGGGGAAGCCCAACAGCGAGGCCAAGAAACAGCUGGUGGCUGAGCUGCAUAAGAAGCCCUCAGAGAAGUCGGCAGAGCCUCCUAUCCCACCCCCAAGAAAGAAGAGGAUCUCUCGACAGGAGUCAUCUGCCAGCUCUUGCCAUUCAAAACCCGUAUGUGCUGAAGAGUCAGAAUUGCUGGUUCCAAAAGGAAAGGGAAAGCCAGCAGAAAAAAGUUGCUCCAAUGCAAAAAGGAAAUCAAAAUUUGCCCGUCAGCCUCUUAGCUUCUCAGAUCUUGAAAGUUCUCAUGACUCACUGGACAGCCCAAUAAGCAACGUGGGGGCUCAGACACCAGCCUCUGAGCCAGACUCCUAUUCCACCAGCAGCACUGAGGAUGAGCUAGAGCUGGUGACCAGCCCGUCAGUGAAGAAGACCCGUUCCAUGAUAUUAGGCAGGGCCAAGAACCGUCUGUCCAUGGUCAGCCUGAGCAAUGUCUUCACUGCUUUCCUGUCCGCUGACCGAAAGCUCCAGAAGAAGAUUGUGGAGCUGGCCCAGGACAAAGACUCUUACUUUGGCUGCUUGGUGCAGGACUAUAAAGUAUACAGCCUGGAGAUGAUGGCGAGGCAGAGCUCCAGCACUGAGAUGCUGCAAGAGAUCCGCUUAAUGAUGACCCAGCUGAAGAGCUACUUAGUACAAAGCAGGGAGAUAAAAACCUUUAUGGACCAGGCUGUUCACACAGAUGAGCAACUAGAGGUGAUUGUCGAGUCAGCUUUGCACAAGUGUGUCUUGAAGCCUUUGAAAGAUGCCAUCGAUACCUAUCUAAGGGAAAUCCACAGCAAAGAUGGAUCCUUCAAGCUCCUGAAAGAAAACCAGCAAGUCAUACAAAACACAACUACCACUGACUUGGGAGUCACCACCAGUGUGCCUGAAUCCACAUUGCUGGAGAAAAUCCUGCACAAAUUCACAACCAUGCACAAGGCCUACUCUCCAGAGAAAAAGAUUAGCAUCCUUCUGAAGUCCUGCAAACUCAUCUACGACUCUAUGACUCAGGGAAACCAAGGGAAGCUUUACGGGGCAGAUGACUUCCUCCCAGUGCUCAUGUACGUACUCGCCCGCAGCGACCUGCCAGAGGUGCUUCUGAAUGUGGAAUACAUGAUGGAACUCAUGGACCCUGCACUGCAGCUGGGUGAAGGCUCGUACUAUUUAAUCACUACUUAUGGGGCAGUAGAGCUUAUCAAGAGCUAUGAUAAGAUCACAGUCACUCGACAGCUGAGCUCAGAGGUCCAAGAUUCCAUUCACCGCUGGGAGAGAAGGAGAACGCUUAACAAAGCCCGGGCUUCCCGGUCAUCUGUUCAGGAUUUCAUCACAAUCUCUUUUAUGGAGGCUGAGGCAAACACCAGGACGCUGGCCUACCGAACUGACUCAACAACACACCAGCUGAACCAGCGGUGCGCUGAGAAAUUCGAAGUCCCAGAGCCUCAGAACUAUGGGCUGUUUGUUCAAGUUGAUGACAAGAACCUGCGGCUAGAUGAUGACGCCCUCCCUCACCGCAUCAAAUCCCACCUCCUGAGCAAGGAGCCCAAGCCAACUUUCCAUUUUAUUUAUAAGGAGAUGGGUGGAGAGGAGCCGCCGGUUCCCAUUAUCAAGGACCCAGAUGUUUUAUAACAGCAAAGCUGUUCUCUUGUAGCAGACUCGUUCAAACAGCUGUGGCGUUUUUCAUUUCAAAACUUCCUGAUCUCCACCAGGUCACAGGAGCACAGCAAAGUGCAUCUUCUGAGCGGAAUGGUGAUGGUCGAAAGCCUAUGCAAAUCUUCAUCCAGGGCAUUUAUUUCCUCAACAUAAUUCAUUUUCCACAGUAAAUUGAAUAUUCCAAGCAGCUUUCACUCUUGGAGGGGGGUGGGGUUCAGAACCUUAAAACGUGAGCAAAUGAUGUAACUUUUGUGACAGCUGCCCUGGUACAAAGUAGGUAGGUUUGUGGUUAAGGGCAAAUGGCAAUAUAUCAGUCCAUCCAGUUAUCAAAUCAACAGUAUUAUCAGAGAAGGUCCACCAAAGAAAAUUCAAAUGGUCCUCCCUGUAGUAGUAAAAAAGAUAAUAAAGUGAAUCUAUGUGGCAUCCUUUCCUUUCCCAUCCAAGGAAACAAACUUAGGACCAGCUUGCUGUUACAUGCAAACCAAGUACUCAUGGUUUGUUUUUCUCCUAACAAAUCAUGAUGAUGAUAAUGAUAAUAAUUUUAUUAUUUUUACCCCACCUAUCUGGCUGGGUUUCCCCAGCCACUCUGGGCUGUUUAAAGCAAAUCUAAAAACAUUAUAAAAACAUCAGGCCUUAAAAACUUCUCUAAACAGGGCUGCCUUCAGAUGUCUUCUAAAAGUCAGAUAGUUGUUUAUUUCCUUGACAUUUGAAGGGAGGGUGUUCCACCAGGAGGGCGCCACUACUGAGAAGGCCCUCUGCCUGGUAAGCCAAGCAACAAACUAUAAGUGUUAAGUUCACACAUAAUGGCUUGUUUUCCUGGUUUGUUUUACCUCUAUCCAGGAAAGAAGGGGUAGGGGAGGAGCACCAUGAAGACUUUUGAAUAGCAUAGACUAGCACAAAUCUCCGCAUUAAACAUAUUGUAAUUUGAGCUAUGGUUUAACGCAGGCAUCCCCAAACUGCGGCCCUCCAGAUGUUUUGGCCUACAACUCCCAUGAUCCCUAGCUAACAGGACCAGUGGUUGGGGAAGAUGGGAAUUGUAGUCCAAAACAUCUGGAGGGCCGAAGUUUGGGGAUGCCUGGUUUAACGUGACAUGUGAAGCACUUUUGACAAGACUCCCAACAUUUCCCCCUUCACCCUCCCCUGUGGUAAGGCAGACCCUGGAUAUAAAAGUUAUGUGCCUACAUAAAAUUAAGUCUAAAUAGACAUUAAAAGAGUGCCCCCCCCACUGUAUGUUUCUUUCCUACUCUUCCUUGUAACAUUUAGUUCAGGAAUAGGGAGCAUUCGGCCCUUCAGAGCUUGCUAAGCUACACGUCCUAUCAGCCCUAGCAAGCAUGGCCAGUGGCCAGAGAUGGUGGGAAUUGUAAUUCAGAAACAUCUGGAGGGCCAGAGGUUUCCACACACCCAAUUUAGUUGGAAAAGAAACGUGUGAAAUUAUUAUGUCCAUUACUCCAGCUUUGCAUUGCAUCAUUGGCUGUUUGCCUUGCAUCACUGAUAGAGCAGCAUGUGGUACAGUGAUUCCAUGUGGCUUUUUCACAAGCAAAAGACACAGAGCCAACACACGUGUAGAAACGAUGAGGUUUUUUUAUUCCACCGAGGACACAAAUCAGAAUCGAGAAUCAGAUCACGCAGUGUGGUGGAAAUGUUUUCGUCUUGAAUCCACAUCGAAGUCACUUCUCUUUACCUUCCAUGAAGAUCCCACCUAACAGUUUAAGGGCAGGCAGUUUUACACGGAGGGAGGGAGGCAGAAGUAGAGGAAGAGAAAGGUGCACAGAGAAAGUGGCGACAAAGAGAGUCUUGAGAAGCAACAGCCAGUACUGAAAUUCUGUGUUCUGUAACCAUGAAAGCGAAAUGUUCAGAGUUAAAAUUGGAGGGCUGGAGCUGGCGGGGGCGGGGGGGGGGAGGUGGGAAGAAUCCAUGUAACACCAAAACAGUUUCUGAGAUGCUACUGCUGAGGUAAAUGGUGCAUAUUCUUCUGCUGUUGGUCACCCUGUGUGGAUAAAAUGUGGGGGUCUUUUAGAAGUCUGUACAGUGGCCACAAAAACAAACCUGGGCAGCCUGGAUGUAUGUGAGUUGUACAUUUCAGUACAUAAGAUGUUUGCAGCAUAACCUUAUAAUCACACAGUGCAUACAGUCUUCCGAUAUUAAAAAAUGCACCCCCUGAGUGAAUAAUAUUGGCAUCGUACAUGUGGCUAAUUAAUUGUUACUCCCCACCCCUCAUUUCAUUUUAGCUGUAGCAACUUCCAUGAUCUAUUAUAUAUGUUUUACACAGCUUUUCUGAGCAGAGAAGUUGUAAGUGGGCUGCCAACUGCCGGGUCAUAUUUUGCAUCAGUGACUUGAGUUACAGUAGAUGUGCAGACAUUGUUUCCUGCUGUGCAGGAAACAGUGCCCUAGAAGAAGAACUAUGUUGCUGGUCUACCUCUGUGACAAUUCUGCAAUGAAAAGUGCACUGGGGGCAUAACCUAUCCCGAGAAUUCUAGGUUAGAGUUAAACUGUCUAAAAGCAUUCGAAACAGAUUGGCCAUCCAUUCACCCUGGGAAGCUGCUCCAUAAUUUUCUAAAGCACACAGUUACAUUCGACCCACUGACAGCUCCCUGAGACAGCUGUUUAAGAGCUUGAAACCAACCAGUUCUUUAGGAAGUUAGCUACUAUGCUGGACUGAUCUGAUGGUAUCUUGAGGAGAAAGGGCCUUUUCUGUCACUUUACAAAAGGUGCAUCUUCCAACAAUGCGUUCUUUUGUUUCGUAUAGAAAUAUUUCAUCUC